ACGGCGUAGCCAUUUCUGUUCUCCGUUGCAUGCAAGUCAACUCUCUUGGAUAGGUCCUGAUACUUCUUGCAUCAUCCUCUCCCGCCACUGGCUCGCCAAUCACCCUUCGUACAGAUACUGGAGAUACUAGAGAUAAACAUUUAAACUAUUAGAAUCUCCAAUUUAUUCGGCAAAGACCGAGAACCCCCCGAAUAGCGCGUAGCUUCUUAAUGGCUUCAAAUGGCUCCUAAUUUUCGUCCAAAUACCCAAACGCGACGUGGAAAUCGUAGCGGAUAUGUAGAACAUGACGAUUUUGAGGGUUUGCCCGUAAGACAAUGGCGCCAGGAAUGGGUCAAGAUUGGACCACCUCCGCCCACAGACACAACUCAGAAGAACGACAUAUGGGCAAUCGAACUUCCACAUGGCAUGCCGAAAGAUUCGCAUUUGCUGCCCACGCACACUCAAGAGCUGCUAAGGGCAGCUCGCUCAGGGAGGCUGUACAAGCGGCCAGCGCCCGCGGAAGAAGAGGAGGUUGACCCCGAUGCUGCCCUAGCAGAGAAACCAGAGAAGAAGGAGGAGGACCCAAGCAUCAAAGGCUAUCGAGUCAAAGUUUGGAAGCAGGUCGCCCGUAAUGCCGAGGGUACCGCCGUCUCCCACCUGGCUAAACGAAGGAAGGGAGUUAUCACCCUAUCAUCCAGCCUUCCGGCUGGCCCGUCAUCUAGUCCGAUUAUAAUGAAAGCUACCGUCCGCCGCAUCGACGCCGCAGGAAACCCUUACACGCAAGAAAUUACAUUAAAUGAAGGCCAGCCGGUGGAUGGGGAGAUUAUAUCGACUACGGUAGUUCCAGCGCCUAAUGCUACUGCAAAUGGCGAAACAUCUGUCGCUGCGACUCCGGUCCGAAGACGGCCGCCACCGCCCAAGAGAAAGCCUAAGGGACCUGGCCGAGGACGGAAGAAGAAGCUGCCUUUGCCAACAAACACACGCCCUGAAGCGACCAAUACAGGCGUGGAUACUACUACGGAUGGUACUAAACUCAAUCUUCCAGAAUCUGAUAAUACCAAACAAGACGACCAUUCCGAAACCAAAAACCAGGACAGCGAAAUGGCCGAUGAUGAUGACGGAGACGACGGAGAAGACGACGGAGAUGAUGGUGAGGAUGGCGACGAUGGCGACGAGGAGGACAGCGAAAUGCCUGAUGGUGAGAACGGGGCGGGUUUUAGAGCUGAAAGUGAAACCAAACCUGAUAGCGUCGCUGAAGUUCCUCCAGCAAUUACUCAGGCUGAGCCCUCCAUCGACACGAUACCAUCGGAGAUCUCGCCCAGUGUUGGGCCGCCGCUAACAAAGGCGCCAUCGCCUCCUUCUAAUUCUAAUUUAAACCCAGUCCAACCUCUUCCGCAGCAUGUCCCAUCGCAAUUCGAAGGAAGCCCGCUCAAAAACGUUGUAGCCGCAACAUCACCAGCCGACUUAUCGCCGAAACUUCCACCGAUCGGAGAAAUCGCAAGUAUAGUCGCUACGACUGAUACCAGGCCGUCGGAAACGUCAUUGGCUCCCGUUCCGGCGUUAACUGAUCCUAUCGAAACGGUUCCUCAGGGAACGGAAUCAGCUGCAGCAAAGCUUGAGGUAGACGUGGAGAUGACGGAUGGUCCUCGCCAAGAGCAGACAGAAACUCUGGUUCCGCCCGUAGUGGAAGAAGAAGCGCAACAGCCGGAUGUUUCAGCGGUUAAUCCGCUACCAACCGUAAAUCCUGUUCAAGGCGAAGAUGCUUCUACGCAUCGCUCACCACCGCCCGCAGCUAUGCUAGAGAUCACGAAUAUCGAACAGCCAAUUGAAGAGGUUGUUUCCGAGACAGUUGUGAGCGUGGUUACGAAUCAAGAACCACAAGGUCCUGAAGCGGCUCCGGCUCCAGCUCCAGCUCCGGCUCUGGUACUUGCCGAUGACCUACCAGCUCCUGGGCCUAUUGAUACCAAAGCCGAAGGCGCUACCAUAGAAGGCGGAGAGGAGAAUGAACCCGAGAGUCCUGAUCUAUUCAGUGGUCUAGAAGCCGCCUUGAAUCAGCAAGGCGGGCCAAAGGAGGCUACACCUCCUCCGGAAACGAAGGCAGCUUGAUUUUCUCCAGUAUAUUGUUCUUGAAUAACCCCGAUGAAACGUAUUAUAUUGAUACGUUCCGUUUCCUGGUUAUACCUGCGAAUAGUGUAAAGUAGCAUUGUAUAUCUAAAGAAUUGGGUAAACAUGAAGGGAUAUUUCCGUGUCAUACUAUUUCUGAUCUGAUUUAUGUUGUUUAUGCGUGUCGAAUCUUUUGUAAUUCAAAGCUACCAAGACUUGGGAGCAGGAAACUCAUCUUGAACUUGAUAAAUACCUACCAAUUAUUUAUAUAUAUGUAUACGUAUGCAUAUAUAUUACAUAUAUACAUUCUGUAGU